AUGUUCCGUGCUUGUAUGCAGAAAGUGCCGGGCACAGUGUCGGACGGGCAUGUCGGUGCCGGCGUGCUUUCCGCGACGUCGUUCGGGUGGGUAGCAAAACAGAUCGACCAUCUGACAGGCGAGAAGGGUCGUCGUGGGGUGAGCAUCGAGAGCAUCGGGAUGAAGAUGCUGAAGGCUUUGCGCGACAGCAUGGUUGAGUACGUCGGCAAGGUCAUUGCCGUGAAACGCACCGCGACGCCGACUUCUCAAGCCGCCGGACCCGCCGACAAUGCCAUAGAUGACGACGUCGCGGAAGGACAGAAGGCGCCCCAAGGUGCAGUUGCCGCCCAGCAUCAUGGGAACGCGAGGGUGCAUGGGGAAGGUGGAAACGGUGGAGGAGGCGACGCAGAGGCAGGUGCAGGAAGGUCGGAAACGGAGAAGUCGGAGUCGUCGUCGGAGUCGGAGUCGGAGUCGGAGUCGGAGUCGGAGUCGGAGGAGGAAGACGAGGCGGUGAAGCGUAAGGACGAGGAGGAGUAUGAGGAGGAGGAGGAGGAGAAUAAGGACGAGAAUGGUGAGAAGUGGGAGGGAGGGAAGGAUGAGGAGGGGGGGGAUGAAGAGGUGGAGUUCGUGGUGGAGUAUGUAGAGGGUACGGUUGAGGCGGGAGCGGCGGAAGAGGCGGUGGGGUCGGCAGAUCAGGGGAAUGAGGAAGAGAAGGAUGACGGCGCGGGAAAUGCUACGAGGUCGGCAGAUGUGGGGAAGGAGAAGGGCGAGGUCGGCGUGGAGGCACCUGGAAAUGGCCAGGAUGAGGCGGCCUGCGAAGGAGGUGGGAAGGUGUCGGUCGACGCCGGCGAAGGGCCGAACAACACGGGCGAGCAGGAGGCCGGGGAAGCACCUGGUCGGCAGGGCCCAGAACUGGACGACGUCGAGGUUCUGCGACGGGAAAACUGGUUGUUGCGGGCGGAGAACGCUCGGCUGGCGUCGUUGCUCGAUGCGGAGCGGUCCCGGCUGGACAGUUUUUUUGUUGGGGUCAGUCGACUCGUCGACCACGUUAAAGGGUUGGCCGAGCAGGUCGACGACACCGACAAGUAUGCCGCGGAACAGCUGCGAAACGCGACGGAGGCCAUGUCGAAGACCAUCACGGGCAACAUCUCCGGCAGCUUUGACGAAGCGUGGAAGUCGAUGAAGACUUUCGCGGAACAUGCGACGGAGUGGUUGGAGGACUUCGACAAUCCGGAGGGUCGUGUCGCGUAUGCACGAGCGUUAGCGGUCACCUUCUUGGCCGAACACGUGGAUUCGGUGGUGGGCGAUGCGAAGAAGGGGUUGGAAGAGUACAUCUCGAACCACCUUGCCUCCGCGCAGGUCAACAUCGCCACCGCUUUGACCGCCAGGCUCGCCGUGUCGCCGCCGCCACCGCCUCAUCCCACGCCGCCCGCCAUCCCAGAAGAGUUUUUGAAGUCGUUCAAGGCCGACAUCCUGAAGGUGGUGACGGAGGCCACCCAGCAGUCUUUUGUUGCUUCCGGGAUGAAGAUCAUGACAGAGAUGAUCGGCACUGUGGCGCCUGGUCGACGUGGGUCGUCGCCUUCGGCCAAUGACGCCGAUAACGCGCAAAGAAAAACGGUCGAGAAGCAGGGCCAUAAGAGGACCGGCGACGGAGACGACAAAGGGAGCUCGAAGCGGAGCAAGGGAGCGGACGGUAGUUUCGGGUCGAAGCCUGCGCAAAAAAGCGUGGUCGACCAGCUGAAGACGAAGGCGGGGUGGAAGGUGGUAAGGACGUCGCACAGCAAGGGAGGCGGAAGCGGGGGAGCAGAGGGUGGCCCUGCCGACGGGGCGAGCUGUGGGAAAGGCGUUACCGGCAAGGAGGUGCCAACUGCUCAGGCGGCGAAUGAUGGUGACUCCGGAACCACCAAGGGACCACCCGUCGCGGCGUCGGCCAAGCCUGCUUCUGCUACGGUUGCCGACACCACCAAGUCGAGUCCCCGUAACCCCCUUGCGGCUACCAGCGCGCCUGCCGGCCAGUCAGGUGCGAACAAAGAUGGCGAGGCUGCUCCAGCUCCAGCAGCCCCGACUGCCGCCAAGGUUGUCGCGAAGGUUGCUUCGGCUAAGGGUGAUGCCAUGGCAUCAGCUAAGGCCCCCCCCGGUGCUACCGCGCUCAGAGAGAUGCUCCGCCGCAUGGAGGCACAUAGCAGGGACGUGCAGCAGCAUCCCGUGGUCGACGCCGGCCUUCCUGGAACAGCACGCCGCUCCGUCACUACGCAGGUUGCCGGCAAGUCGUCCGGUGCCCCACCUGCCGCGCCUCCGGUGGCCGCCCCACCACCUGCGGACCCCAAGUCCGAUUUUCUUCGCGCCCAUUUAGGCGCACGCAAAGCAACUGCUCCGUCAGUGACCCUGCCGGAACUCGGCAAAAGCGCGACGCCGAUGUCGGUAAACGCAACCGCACCCACACCAGGUGCAUCUGUGGUCGAUGUGGCGGCGGAGAAGGGAGUGAGUGCAGCGCUCGCCACCGGCGGCCGCGCAGACAAGCAUGCCGACCUCGCUGUCGUCAUGGCCCAUUUUGAGGCAGCAAAGCGCCCCGAGCACGCCCCUGUUAUGGCCAUCAUGGACACGGCGCAUGUGGUGCCGUCGGCGACCCACGGAGGGGGUUCGACGGAGCAGACGGCCGCAACGGCUGCUGUCGCCGAGAUAAAUGCUGGACGGAAGGAAAAGGACGACAACGGGAAAGGAAAGGCGGUCUCUCAGAGGAGCACGCGGGCGAUGACUGCGGGGAAGUUGACGUCGGAAGAGAAAGGAAAGAAGGCGGAAGGGGAGAAGGACAAGACGGGCGGCAAGGGUAAGCCGGCGAAGAAGAAGGAGAAGGCGGAGGAGGAGGACGAGGAGGGCGGCGAGGGAGAUAAAGAGCAUGGACGCAGGGGUCAUGGCAUCCGCCGAGACAAGGCUGGCGACGGGCAAGGGUGGGUGGGCGAAAUUAAGGUACACGGACAGAAUCGGUACAUCGGCAAGUCGAGGGAGAAGAUGGAGCUGGCCUACGAGCACGCGAUUGCGUUCGUCGUCUACGACGGCUACGUGAGCAAGGUGCUCAUGAAGGAGCUCACCGUCUUGAACCCGGGGGAGUUGGAUAAAUGGAAGGAGGUGUGGGCGGAGGUGAAGUUGUUGCCCACUGGGAUGUGGACGGUGAUGUGGGCCAGAGGCUUGUGCCAUCCGAGAGCAAGGUUCGACGAUAUACUCGGCAGGUACCGUGGGUAUGCGAGUUCGGGUGUUGCGCUUCAUGACGUGCUCUGGCCGGCGAUCUGGUUCCCCAUCAUCGAGGACACGGAGGAAGGCAAGGAAGAGACGACCGCUCUCUUGUCGGCGAUGGUAAAUCGCGUGUCGAUGUGCGCGGCGUAUGGGAAGGUCGCGGCGAGCGCGGCGUUUGGGAAGGUCGAUGCGAGCGUGGAGGGGAAGGCGGACGAGAAGGUGGAGAUGGGGGCCCAGGCGUUAGCGGCAUCGGCAUGCGCCAUCUGGUGCUUCUUGGAGACGGGGGCGUCGGUGCUCGGUGCUGUGGGCGAAGGGAAGGCGGCGGCGAUGGUGGCAGGUGCGGGGGAGGCGAGGGCCAAUGACUUCAAGGAGGUGAUGCACGCGGUGAUCGACAUAGCACGCAGCAGGCAGGCUCCCGCUGGGGAGGUUGCACAUAACGUCGCGCCAUCGGUGCAGAGCCAGGCAGUUGCCAGGGCCUUCGCAAAGGGAGUUGAGGAAGUCGAGGCCGACAUGAUCGCAAGAGCGACGGUCGAGACCUUGGCGUUCUGGGGAAUGUGCCCCGUCGCCGGGCCCAAGCUCAAAGCGCAGGGCAUCGAUGUGCCGUGUGACGCGAGGAUGGAGUACGAUAUGGAUCACAGGGGGAGGAAGAGGGAGAAGGUCAAGCAGAGCAAGGGCAGCAGCAAGAGGAAGAAGAGCAAGCAGGGCAUGGGCAGUACGGAUGCGUAG